AUGAAAGAAGCUUUGUCGCCACUCGAAUCAGGGAAAUUCAUUAUGGAGAACGCAAAACACAUCAGAAUCAACGAGAACGGAGUUUUGCGCGUAGCACGCAUGAUCCUUGAUGCAGUGAAGGAUGGAUCGAUGGCAGAAGUGGAAUUUGCUGCGCAAGCAGUUCAUCCCAAAGGCAAAGGAAAAGCAGUCAUAGAUUGGAUCUUCUUCACUGACACUGUGAACUUUUCAUUCUGGCCUGAUCGUGGAUCUAAAUAUGACGUAUCCUAUGAAGGAACUAAAUAUACAGGAUAUUUCGCCGCAUGUGCUGCCGUGAACAAAGCGUUAGAUUCGGGCACAAACAUCACGUCAGCAGAAUGGAUGGCCAAUGCUACCGAGGCCGAUGUGGACAAAAUCUUCAAAUCUGAUGGAGGUUACUCUAUUCCACUGUUAACAGAGCGAGUCAAGGCAAUCAACGAGUCAGGACGAGUACUUCUCGAGGUGAGUUUUCUAUAUGUCAGCUACUGUAGAAGAAUUUCGCUGAAACAAAACAACUGUCUUUAUUUGCUUGGCCCUAAGCUGAACUCAACUAAUAAUGAACCCUGUUUGCCGUAG